UCCUAUUUACAAGCCCGGAAGUCCCACUUGGCGAAGGGCAGGCCAGGGUUUCUUUCUGAUGCUCUCUUUUCCUUCUUCUCCUCUCUGCUUCUAUUUUGCCGCCUCUCUCUAGUCUCCAAGUCCAAGCAAGGGCGAAGCAGGAAAAAAAAGGAAAAAAAAAGGAAAAAAGAAUGGCAGCGCAGGAAGAGGUAAAGAAGAACGUCGCCAAUCGCAAGCGGAAGCAAGUUUUUAUCUACGGCAACUACAAGAACUACUACGGCUAUCGAAUAAAUCGGAACCAGAAGGAAGAUCCCCGACUUAUGGUUAUGAAGAGGGAAUGGUUCGAGGGCAAGGAUUGCCUCGAUAUUGGUUGCAACCAGGGGUUGAUAACCAUAGAGAUAGUAAAGAAGUUCUUCUGCCGAAGCAUUCUUGGAAUAGAUAUUGAUGGAGGUUUGAUUGAAACUGCUAACUGGAACUUACGGAAGAUCGCUAGAAUAGAACAUAGUAAUCAUAAAUCGAAGGAGGCUUCUGAUUCACAGAUUUUGGAUGGUUCAAAUUAUUCAAAGCACAAGGUCUCUCAAGCUUCAGAUGGGGAAAUAUUUUAUGGUCAGCAUGAUGCCUCUUCUCCCUCAGAAGGCAAUAUUUUUGAAAGAGUUAGUUUCCGAAAAGAAAAUUUUAUUGAGGGUUUGCGCGGAUGCUCAGAGAAGUAUGAUACUAUUAUUUGUUUGAGUGUAACAAAAUGGAUCCAUCUGAAUUGGGGUGAUGAUGGAUUGAUUACUUUGUUCGUAAAGAUAUGGAAACUUCUUAGACCAGGUGGGAUUCUUCUAUUGGAGCCUCAGCCUUGGUCUUCAUAUAAAAAAAAUCGACUAGUUUCUGAGACUGCAAUGGCGAAUUACAACGAAAUUACUCUGCAUCCAGAUGAAUUUCGAGACAUACUUCUAGACAAGGUCGGAUUCAGGUCAGCAGAGGUUAUAACUGGCAGUUUGUCCGGCACUGUUGUUGGGUUUGAUCGACCUAUUUUUGUCUUUCACAAGUGACCCCAUGAAGCUAAGCUAAUACGAUAGCCAGCAUACCUUACCUUAAGAUAUUUCUUAAAUAUUUGGAUUCAGCUUUAUGAUGCUUUGUGACUCAUUUCAAUUAAGGUUACAUUUACAUGCAACCAAUUCUCAUUGUCUCUAACCAUUACCUCAUAUUCAGUUUGUGUAUGCUGUCUCUAGUGCGUUUCCCUCCUGACCUUAUCCUUCUAGGUGUUCUGACUUCCUUGAUGCUUGUAUCAUAUGCAUUCGCUUAAUGUUUUGAUCUAUGCAGCUUUUCUUGCGUCGUCUGCCUUAUAAUUUUUACUUAACCAUUAGAUGCGCUUAACACUAUGAGUCGGUUCACUGCAUUAUGAUUAUCCACAUCCUUUUGAAUAAAUUUAAGGUGCGAAAAACUGUCUUCCUUGAGUCAGGCUAUGUUAGAUUCUUUUUUCUUUGACCAUGGGAUGCUCGCUUAACACCAUGGAGUCCCUUUACUGCAUCAUCAUCUUUGACAUCCUUUUGAAUAAAUCAAAGGUAGGAAAAAUUGUCUUCCUUGAGUCAAGUUAUGUUGGAUUCUUUUUUCUUUAAUUGCACCGUGUGGGCUUCAUUAGGCCUUCAUGCUGAACAGACUCAUUACUUGGAAUAAGAAUCCUCUCAUUUCAUUUUGUUUUCCAGAUAGGAAAUUUUGAAGAAAUUGCAAGCUUAACAGUGGGUGUCCAAUAGGAAUUCUACACUGUUAAGAUCACAUUUGGAUUGGUUGGCAAAUUCCUGAAUUGCUAUCAGAUCUGCACCAUGUAGGCUUUACGACCUGGCCAUAUUGCGAGUUUUUUCCCCGAUCAUAGUCGAUCGAAGGAACGUAUCCACAUGACAACUUCAAGUACUUGACCAUAUUAUUGCCGAGGCACAAGUUGGUUCCGUCGCUUAUUGCAAGGACUCUAUAUUUGUUAUGGGGCACUCGCUUAUGUAGGGAUAUGGUACGAGGGACAUGCCAGUCCUGUUUUUUCUGGUGGUAUGAAUUGAUAUAAUAUUAACAACUGAUACUGAUCAACACAAUGUUAACAUAUUUUUUGUAAUAUUCAAUAUUAUUUUAACUCA